UGACUAGACCAACCCAUGAAGUUCUUCGCUUCGCAUCAUUCACACUCAUUGUAUGACUCCGACAUCGGCAGAGCACGUGUUUCAAGCUUCCAUGCCAAAACCAAAUUCCGGCGCCCUAUCUCCGAUCGCCUCCGCUCUCUCCGAUUCCGAUGUCGCCUCAUUCUCUUUCGAGUGCUCCCUCUAACCUCGCCGACUCUUCCACCGGAUCGUCUCCGUCUCCCUCCGCCGCAUCUUCCUCCUCCUCGCCGGCUCGCCUCUCCGACAUGUGGAACUACAUCUGGAUUCCGUUUCUGAUUUCUCUGUCAAAGGAUUUUAGUUCGGUCAAGGCUCAAUCUGCGAUCCUCUUGCCGAGCGAGGCUCCGCGGUCGCCGAGCUGUCCGGCGGCGGACGCCAACCUCAAUUUCCGGCCAGUGAUUGGGAUCCUCAGCCAUCCCGGGGACGGCGCUUCUGGACGUCUAAACAAUGCCACCAGUGCUUCGUACAUCGCCGCCUCAUACGUAAAGUUCGUCGAAGCGGCGGGAGCUAGGGUCAUUCCUCUUAUUUAUAACGAGCCUCCUGAGAUUCUCUACAACAAACUCAAUCUGGUCAAUGGGGUGCUCUUUACAGGAGGGUGGGCCAAAAGUGGUCGCUAUUUUGAGGUUGCUGAGGAAAUCUUUAAGAAAGUUUUAAAGAAGAAUGAUGCAGGAGACCAUUUUCCUCUGCUUGCCAUCUGUUUAGGCUUUGAACUACUAACAAUGAUUAUCAGCAAGGACAAUAACAUUCUUGAAUCAUUUAAAGCAACGGAUCAGGCAUCUACUCUUCAAUUUGUGAAUGAUGUAAAUAUUGAAGGAACAAUCUUCCAGAGGUUUCCUCCGGAUUUACUUAAAAAAUUGAGUACUGAUUGCCUUGUCAUGCAAAACCAUAAAUAUGGUAUAUCACCAGAAAGGUUUCAAGAGAACAAGGAGCUAUGUGGUUUCUUCAAUAUCUUAACCAACAGUGCAGAUUCAGAUAAUAAGGUUUAUGUCUCCACAGUUCAAGCAUAUAGUUAUCCUGUUACUGCUGUCCAGUGGCAUCCAGAGAAAAAUGCUUUCGAAUGGGGCUUGUCUAUGAUUCCUCACUCAGAAGAUGCAGUUCAAGUGACUCAAUAUGUUGCCAACUUCUUUAUUAGUGAGGCAAGGAAGUCAUUGAACCGGGCACCUGCUCGAAAGGUGCUUGACAAUCUUAUUUACAAUUACAGUCCCACUUAUGGUGGAAAGGCCGGGAAGGGAUACGACGAGGUUUACAUCUUCGUGGAGCCUUCUACUACGAGCCAUUCGUAAGAUUAUUUGUGUUAAAGUGUGCAUUAUAUGACUCCAAGUGUCAAUGAUCUAUCUUCUCAUUGUACCACUGUUUGAAACAAAGACUAUAUAUAAAUGUUGCCCCUCUCAAAAGUAUGUAGUUUGUUCAUGAACAGAUAGUAUGGAUGGGUUGUGCUGGAGACUCUAUGCCAUGGGCAAAUCUGAUCUGAUCUGAUCUGCUCCAAUUCUACUAUUUAUAAAAUAUUAAUGUAUACAACAAUAUCCCACUGUUGAUGC